AAAAUCGCGACUGCUGGUAGCCUGUAGACGCAGCCACGCAGGCACGCACAAGUCACAACUCGCAAGUCGCAAUACACGACUUUGAAAUUUCUUUUCAGUCUUCAUCCCCCAUUGACCCUUUUGAAGGAUACAUAAACACCCAACUUUCAAUUAAUUCAAUCCUCCAUCAAUGGCGACGAUCUAUAGUUGUAAAGAGUGCACAACAAACCUAAACCUAACCACAAACCGCAUCUUCCCACCUAAUUUCUACUUCGAAGCUGGCAACAAAAACUCUCUCUCCUUCUCAUGGAUCGACCCAGAUAAAUUCAAGUUUGAAAACGAGGACAAAAUCAGACCCUUUUUUGAAACCCUAAAUUAUUGGGGAAUUCAGAGGAAAAGAACCAAGAUUAUGUGCAAAAAUUGUGGUAAACUUCUGGGUUAUGUGUAUGACGAUGGCCCUCCUUUGGUUGAUACUCCUGGUCAAUUCCAUUUUGGGCCAAGUCAAGUUAUUCCCAGAAAUCCCAGGUUCAGAUUCAGGUCUAAGGCUUUAGUACUUACUUCUGAUUCUUAAUAAUUGUAUUGUAAUUCUUCUUGUCAAUUUUGCUUAGUUGUUGAAUGAUUGUGUUCCUUGUAAUGUGUGAUUGUAGAGAUUACGAUGUUAUUGAUUUUUUUUUUUUUUUUUUUUUUUUUAAUUUUGUAAUUCUUAUUGUAAAUUUUGUGUAAUUGUUGAAUGAUUGUGUGCUUGUAACUAAAUGGGAUUUUAGAGAUUGUGAUUUACUUGCCGAACUCUUAUUUAUACUGCUAGUUCGAAUUUGGUUGUCAUGGGUUCGAACUACAAUUAUGAGACGGUGGGUGAUUUGAUA